AUGGACUACAGACAGAAUUACAGCUCUUUAGAUGUGAGAAGUAGAAGACUUCAUUUAAUGUGCUUUGGACAUGUUAUGAGGAAUAGCCAGUCCCACAAGAUGGACAUCAUGCCCGGAAAUGCUCCUCCAGAAUUUGGUCUCGUGCCAUUACUUGACGAAGCUUGUAAAAUAGUGUUCCCAUCUCCCAGUGAAACUGCUUUAAUGGUCACUAUGAACGCCCAUCAUCACUCCCAAAUUCCUCAUUUCCUUCACUCUCAGUAUCAUUGCUUGGUGAUUUUGGCUACUGAAAUAAUUCCCAAGUAUGAUGUUGAAGUACUGCCUAGUGUUCUUAUUAUGCACAAGGCCAUCGUGUGCCUUACAGAGAAAAUACAAGUAUUAUAUAAGCUUUGUUUGGGUAUGAGUUAUAAUGCUGUUGACCAAGAGUUCAGUGUUAAUCAACACUUUAUUUUAAAUAAGGUAGCACAAAGUGAAGCUGAAAAGAAAUUGAAGAAAGAUGACAAGAAGAAAGAAUUACAGGAGCUAAAUGAACUCUUCAAACCUGUAGUUGCUGCUCAAAAAAUAAGUAAAGGCGCAGACCCCAAAUCUGUGGUGUGUGCGUUCUUCAAGCAAGGACAGUGCACGAAAGGGGAGAAGUGUAAGUUUUCUCAUGACUUGACUCUGGAGAGAAAAUGUGAAAAGCGAAGUGUUUACAUUGAUGCAAGAGAUGAAGAACUAGAAAAAGAUACCAUGGAUAAUUGGGAUGAGAAAAAACUGGAAGAAGUAGUGAACAAGAAGCACGGUGAGGCGGAAAAGAUAAAACCCAAAACUCAAAUAGUGUGCAAGCAUUUCCUUGAAGCUCUUGAAAACAACAAGUAUGGCUGGUUUUGGGUAUGCCCUGGAGGGGGUGAUAUGUGUAUGUAUCGUCAUGCACUUCCCCCUGGAUUUGUGUUGAAAAAAGAUAAAAAGAAAGAAGAGAAAGAAGAUGAAAUUUCAUUAGAAGACCUCAUUGAAAGAGAGCGUUCUGCCCUAGGUCCAAAUGUUACCAAAAUCACCCUAGAAUCUUUUCUUGCAUGGAAAAAAAGGAAAAGACAAGAAAAGAUUGAUAAACUUGAGCAAGAUAUGGAAUGAAGAAAAGCAGACUUCAAAGCAGGGAAAGCGCUAGUGAUCAGUGGUCGUGAGGUGUUUGAAUUUCGUCCUGAACUCGUUGAUGAUGAUGAUGAAGAAGCAGAUGAUACCCGUUACACCCAGGGUAUAGGUGGUGAUGAGGUUGAUGAUUCUGUGAAUGUAAAUGACAUAGAUUUAAGCUUGUACAUUCCAAGAGAUGUAGAUGAAACAGGUAUUACCGUAGCGAGUCUUGAAAGAUUCAGCACAUAUACUUCAGAAAAGGAUGAAAACAAAUUAAGUGGAGCUUCUGGAGGCAGAGCAGAAAAUGGGGAAAGAAGUGACUUGGACGAGGAUAAGGAAGGAGAGACACAGGAAAAUGGAGCUAUUGAUGCUGUUCCUGUGGAUGAAAAUCUUUUCACUGGGGAAGAUUUGGAUGAACUAGAAGAAGAAUUAAACACACUUGAUUUAGAUGAAUGACACCAAACAAGUUCAUGAACAAAUGAAAUCUUCUCAGCAUGAGUUCAAAUUGACUACAUUAAUUUUUCCACCUAGAAUUCUUCAACAGAAUGUUUAUUUACCAUACUGGUUGUGGAGGGCUAACCCUCUCCAAAAACAGGAAUGUUCUCCUUACGUCUUCUCUCCUGACUUUGACUACAACUCAUAGUAAGUUCAGAGUAGUUUGUGAUAAAUUGAAAUGUAAUGGUCAAUCCAGAAAAUGAUUGAUGGUUAUAACUGUCCACCCAAGUAGGAAGAGUAACUGCUUUUCCAACUUUUGUUUUUCAUUGGGCAUGCGUUACCAGGAACAAGAGAAAUCUAAAUAUAAAACAUCUUUCCUUUAGUGCCGUUGUUGAGUGAUUUCAUUUCCUUGAUAUUUAUAUCGUAAAAGAGGCUGCCUAAAAUAGCACUGUACUUCAUAAAGGGAAUUGCGUAUGCAGAGUCAGUGUCGUGUCCUCUCUGGACAAUUAGAUGAACAUUUGAGAUGGACCUUUGAUCUGAUGAGAUCAGUUGUGAUAUCUUGUGUUAAACUGUUAAUUUUGUUCCUCUUUUUGCCAAUAAAGUUGUAAAUAAAGA